GUACGGAGAUUGCUAGCUUCGUAUAGCCGUAAAUUCGAUGUUUAUUUAUUCUGACCUUUAGCUACACAAAGCUGUAAGCCUUAUUACCAUUAACUUUACCGUAAAUUAUUCUUAUGUAAAUAAUUUAGUCUGUGUGUGAAAUUUAGUGUUAAACCUGUGCGACACCGGACUGCGUUCGAGUCUCACAUUUUGGAAAUACCCAGUGAAGUUCGAUGCAACCGUUCAGCCGCGCCAUUCGACGCGGGACACUAAGAAAAAAUACAUACAUAACCUAGUCAGCAGGACUAUAAACUGCAUGUGAUAUAAUUUAUUCUAGCUGUAACGACGACUAAAGAGAAACAGACAUACUCCUAAUAAACUACUAAAACAUUCUCCAAAAUACUUAGAGAGAAUUCAGACGCUAAUAAAGGAGAAUUAUUUAAUCUAUACUCAGAGACACUGAAGAAAGUAAAUUUAAUUUAAUCAAAAGAUAAUAACGUAAUUAUAGAAGACACGCUUAUAUUAGAAGAUAUAAUUAUAGAACAAGAAUUAAUUGUAUAUAAUAAAGAAAAUAUACAGAAGACAGUAGAAGCAGAAAGCAAAAUGAAGGACAGCCAGAAACCUUGCCAGCACACGUUGACAGAUGAUGCGGUGUACAAAGAAGUGGUUGUUAUAGGUAACGGACCCAGUGGAAUGGUGACGUCAUUCAUGCUUGCCGGCAAUGUGCCAUAUCUUAAGGAAGUGCCCGCAGACUUACCUAUUGACGACAUGCUUAGAGCCAGAUUGGAAAACAUACCAGCCGGUCAGAGCCUUUACGAAACAGACCUAUCACAGCUCGCAGAAGGCCUAGAAGGUCGGAGCCAGAACCCCAUCCCAUUACUGAUGGACAAUUUAUUAAGGCCGUGUGCAGACCUGGGCAUCCCCGCAGACUCGCUCAUUGAGUGGAAAUAUGACGUAGAAAAACAAAUAGAGCACAUAGUUUUAGGCCGGGGCCCCCCCGGGGGCGCGUGGCACACGUUCCCGCCCGCCGUGCGCACGCUGUCCCCCGCCGCCUGGCUCUCCCUCCCGCCCCUCCCCGCCGAGGGGGACGGCCGCCUGCCCGCGCGCGCCGUCGCCAACUACUGUAGGAGAUACGUGCACAAAUGUAAACUACAGCGUUAUUUUCGGUCAGGCGUGAUCGUGUCGAGCGUGCGAGCGGCGCCGCGCGCGGGCGCGCCGUGCGCCGGCGCAUGCCCUCAUAACGCACGCUACGUCGUCUCUGGAUACGACAAAUCCUGCGGGCGUCCAUUCCGCAUCCUCUGCAAACGGGUAGUAAUCGCCUGCGGCGGUAGCGACCGGCCUAACACACUGGAUCCAGCCAUAGCACCAUACGCGCUGCAUUCACUCAGCGCACUACAGAGGGCGCUGCCUCAGAACAUUCCUAACGCUUUAGACCCACCGACAGUCCUCGUAGUGGGCUCGGGCGUCAGCGCAGCGGACGCCGUGUGGUUGUCCCUGAAGGCCGGCUGCCGAGUGUGCCACGUGCAUCGAACCCCGGCCCCUGCGCUGGCCAAACUAGACCCGCAAGCUUACCCGGAUUAUACACAGGUGUACAAAAUGAUGUGCGACGGACCAUCAGGCAACCACCCGAAUUACACCCCCUACCCGCAUCAUGUGAUCGCGGACGCCGUGCCGCUCUCCCCCCACAAGCCCCCCAAGAUGGCCGACGAGGACGACUGCCUCAAAUCUGUCAAACUACUCGACAUCGUCACGAACGAGAUGAAAGAUCUAACUGUCUCCCUCAUAGCUGUGCUCAUCGGCUCCAAACCAGACCUAUUCUUCUUACAGACAAACUUCAACCUAAACUGUAUCGACUUAAACAACUGCACCAAAUGUACUGACGAAUCCAAGCACGCGGCGAAGAGAAAAAUCGAAGAUAACAGGUGUUUUCUCAAGAACCAUUGGCACUAUUUCAAAACUGUCCUCGGACAAAGUAUUCAAAGCUGCAAAUCUAGAUAUUUAAACUAUUCAGAAAUCAACGGAAAUGACACUAAAUGUAUCGUACCUGAUUGUAACAGACGUAUGAAAGAGUGCAAGUGUGAGGUCGUCCCGUAUUCGGAUCCCUUAGAGAAUAAGAUUAAAUGUCAGUGUCAGCCGACUAACCCGUAUUCUAGUGGUAUAGGAUUCGGUAUAGAUCCUAAAGUAGGCGUGGAUUGCAGGGGCAACCCGGUAGCGAUCGAUAAAGGGACGCAUGAAAUGCUUUACAGCCCGGGACUUUACGCCCUAGGGCCGUUAACGGCGGACAACUUCGUUCGUUUCAUCCCGGGAGGCGCGUUGGCCGCCGUGGCGCAUAUGCACAAGGAAAGAAAGAACGAGUGAAUGGUUUAUGAUAAUUGUGAUGGAAUUCUUUUUACAAUAAAUAUUUUUUUAUACCUGAA